AUGUCAGUGACGCAGUUCCCACCGCUUCUUUCCGAAAACGAUUGUCAGAAAUACAAAGUGCCACUAAAAUGGAGGGAUAGGUGUGCUGCUUACUUUGCGUUGUAUCAAACUUGUCUUAUUAGACAAUCGGCAAACUCAUCAGUUAAUUGCAAGCACGAUAAACAUUCUUGGGAAGAAUGUGAGAAUUUGGAUUUGAUUAGGAGGAAACAAGAGUUGAAAGAAGCCAAGGAUAAGAGAAGAGAGGAAUUGGCGUCUGCCUCGUCGUCGUAG